CAAGCUGCACCGCAGCAACGAACACGAACCUUGGCAGAACGAAGCUGAAGUAGUUCGCUGUGAACCCAGUAUGGCAAACGCGCCGAGGAUCCUGGCCCUCGGCCUGCUAGCGCUCCUGUGCGCUGCCGCCGGCCCGGCCGCCGCGCAGAACUGCGGCUGCCAGCCAAACUUCUGCUGCAGCAAGUUCGGCUACUGCGGCACGACCGACGCCUACUGCGGCGACGGGUGCCAGUCGGGCCCGUGCCGCUCGGGCGGCGGCGGCGGCGGCGGCGGCGGCGGAGGCGGCGGAGGCAGUGGCGGUGCGAACGUGGCUAAUGUGGUCACCGACGCGUUCUUCAACGGCAUCAAGAACCAGGCCGGGAGCGGGUGCGAGGGCAAGAACUUCUACACCCGGAGCGCGUUCCUGAGCGCCGUCAACGCGUACCCGGGCUUCGCCCAUGGCGGGACGGAGGUGGAGGGCAAGCGCGAGAUCGCCGCCUUCUUCGCGCACGUCACGCACGAGACCGGACAUUUCUGCUACAUCAGCGAGAUCAACAAGAGCAACGCCUACUGCGACGCGAGCAACAGGCAGUGGCCGUGCGCGGCGGGGCAGAAGUACUACGGGCGCGGCCCGCUGCAGAUCUCGUGGAACUACAACUACGGGCCCGCCGGGAGGGACAUCGGCUUCAACGGGCUCGCCGACCCCAACAGGGUGGCGCAGGACGCCGUGAUCGCGUUCAAGACGGCGCUCUGGUUCUGGAUGAACAACGUGCACCGUGUGAUGCCGCAGGGCUUCGGCGCCACCAUCAGGGCCAUCAACGGCGCCCUCGAGUGCAACGGGAACAACCCCGCCCAGAUGAACGCGCGCGUCGGCUACUACAAGCAGUACUGCCAGCAGCUCCGCGUCGACCCAGGGCCCAACCUCACUUGCUAGGCGACGGCGUCCACGUUGUACCCAUGGCUCCUGCUAGUGCUAGCUCGUCCACAAUAAAUGCUCGGCGUCGCACCCUCGCGAAAAGUAAACCAAGAGUUUACUGACUAGUACGAGCUAGCUAGCAUGCAGUAAUAAUAAUCAUCGUAAUAAUAAUAAUAAAACGACUGGGCUGAGCCACUUUGUUCGACCUGAAUGAAUAAUGAAGCAACUGUAUGUUCCCUCUGU